AUGUCACGGGGACCUCAGGGACAUGGCGGGGACACCCCAGCCCCCACCUCGCCACCACUUUGGGGCUGCAGAGCCCGCACCGGGCCCCCCGACCCCGCAGCGGGAUUCGGGGGCUGGGCCACCUGGGGUGGCCGUCCCCGGUGUCCCCAGCGUCCCCGUUGUCCCCAGAUCGUGGUGACGGUGUGGAAGAGGGACACGGAGCCGGCCGAGCUGCAGGAGGGCGGCGGCUACCUGGGGCUGCUGCAGAGCCGCGCGCCCGCACACGUCUUCCGCCAGGAGCAGGGCGCCUUCAAGGCACAGGUGAGCACCCUGCUGACCGUGCUGCCGCCGCCCGUGGUGCGCUGCCGCCAGCUGACCGUGUCCGGCAAGUACCUGACGGUGCUGAAAGUGCUGAACGGGUGCUCGCAGGAGGAGAUCUCGCUGCGGGACGUCCGCAUCCUGCCCAACUUCAACGCCAGCUACCUGCCCGUCAUGCCCGACGGCUCCGUCCUGCUGGUCGAUGACGUCUGGUGAGCACAACGGCCCUAAAACGGCCCCAAA